UAUUGCAAGAUGGCAGCUUCCAGUAUUGAGGAAUGGGUCUGUCGCGAAUUAUCGAAACUUGGCAUUGAUACGACCCCAGAAAAUGCAAGCUACAUACUCUCUAUAGAAAACAAUCAAGAUUUAGAAGAUUAUAUGAAUGACUUACUUGAUAAAAAAGACCCCAAAGUUAGAAUCUUUGUUCAAGAAUUAUUACGAAGAAGCAGUUCAAAGAAUUCUCCAGAAUGCAUUGUUUUAAAGAAAAAUAAUGAAGAAGACGUUUACUUUGCAGGGUCAAAUAAAAUAAAAAAGAAAAAUAAAGCACCAAAAAAUAAACAAGUCUUCAAUCAAGGACAGUUGUUAAAUGGUCAUAAUACUGCAGAAGAGGUACAGGAUUCUAAACCAUCUGCUUCAAAUCAACAAAAUACAAAGUCAGCCCCUGUGAUAGAUGGUACGAAGAAGAAAUCAAAAUUUGUUCCUUUAUUUAGUCAAGAAGGUCAAGCUAAAUCUGUGAUUAAACUGUCUGGACGUCAUGUAUGUGAAUGUCAAGCUGCAAAGCAUAAAUUAAUAAGUAAUUGUUUAAAGUGUGGUAGAGUUGUUUGUGCACAGGAAGGUUCUGGUCCUUGUUUAUUCUGUGGAAAUUUGGUGUGUACUAAAGCAGAAUUUGACAUCAUAUCUAAAGGCAAUAAGCAGAGUGAGAAAUUACGAAGUCAAUUAAUGGGUGGUGUUGAUGCUCUACAAUUGUUAGGACAAUCGAUAUGUAAUGAUACUCUCUAUACACCAACUACACAGAAAAACAUACAAGAGGGUGCAGAGAAAGCUAAAAAACAUAAAGAUACACUUUUACAUUAUGAUAAAACUAGUGUUAAAAGAACAAAGGUUUUAGAUGAUGAAUGUGAUUAUUUUGCAACAGAUUCUAACAAAUGGUUAAAUCCAGAAGAUCGACAAAAAUUAAAAGAAAGAGAAGAGGAAUUGCGAUCUGAACGACAUGCUUCUCGUAGAGACAGAAAAAUAACAUUUGACUUUGCUGGUAGAAAAGUUAUUGAUGCGGAAAAAGACAAUUCUAAGAAUAUGUAUGAUGUGGAUGAUGAAAUUGUUCAACAAGUGCAUUAUGGGAAAUCAUCUAAAUCAUCCAAAGACAUACCCAAAUUAGAUCCUAGUGAUUUUAAUCCUUUAGUUAAUCCAACUAUAGUACAGCCAGCUCCUCAGUUUGUAGCAACAGGAGAGUCCUUUAGUCAAAAACUGACAAAGAAUUCUCAUACGGUUGAUGGAGUAGAUCCGAGAAAGAAAUCUACUUUAAGAAUACAAGAUAAAGAAUUACAAGAGAUGAGUGAUGAAGGAAUGUGUUUAAGUAUGCAUCAACCCUGGGCUUCUUUACUUACUAAAGGCAUUAAAAUUCAUGAAGGUAGAACAUGGUAUACUGCUCAUAGAGGUAAACUAUGGAUAGCUGCUACAUCAAAAACGCCUUCAUUGGAAGAAACAACAGAAGUUGAACAAUUUUAUAGAUAUCAUUAUGAAGAUGAGAAUUUAUCAUUCCCGAGUCAUUAUCCUGUCGGUUGUUUAUUAGGAUGUGUUGAUUUUGUAGACUGUUUAUCACAAGAUGAAUAUAGACAGAAGUUUCCUGAAGGUGAAUCAGCCUCCCCGUAUGUAUUUAUAUGUCAGUAUCCUCAAGAAUUAAUAGUUAAAUUUCCUAUGAAAGGAAAACAUAAAAUAUAUAAGCUUGAUCCAAAUAUUCACCAGGGUGCUAAAAAAGGUUUACGUCAGUUGACAGAUGUUUGACAGUGAUUGACAGCUGAUAUUCUAUAUUUAUAGUAAUAUAUAUGUACAAUAUUAUAGACAUCAUAUCACAUCAUAAACAAUACAUACAUCAUAUUGACUGAAUAAUAACUCAUUCAUUUCCAUGAGAACUUUGUAUGAAUAUUGGAGACAUUUUACGCUGGAUUCAACUGCUUUUAUUCAUGGUGGGAGUAGACCCCGCGAAAGUAAAUAUGUUCUAGAUAACUUUGCUGAUCACAAGAAAAUACAAGUUUAGAUUAAUGUUUUAUUGAGCAAUAUUUUUUUUUCACUCCUAAUUAAAAUAAAGACAUCCUAUAAUCAGAGGUGUUACCAGGGAAUUCUGGUGAUGGGAACUUGUGUCCAAUUAAAAAAAAAACAGGUGUGUCCUUGUGAAAUUAUGAUUUUGGCUAGUUCUAGCUCCUCUUGGCUCACUUGUUAAUGAUUUUUUUCGUCUAAUGGUCAAUAUGCGUUUUACCCUGUCGGAUGUAUUUUUGACCAUCUGUUGGAAUAUAGAAGUGUAGGCUAUUUUUGGGUAUUUGUUGCCUCUGUCAGCUUACUGUCCAAAUGCAUGAAGCAGGGUCAGAUCCUGCAUUUCAGGACUUUCUGUGCUUGGAAAUCUUGUGCCUAGGAUAGCAAUCACAUUCAAGUUUUUCUUUUGGAUAAGCUCCUGUCUAUGGCUGUAAAUGUUUUUUUAAACAUAGCUAUGAUAUGGGUGUAUUAGCCUAAUUAGUAAUUCACGGUUUGCAUUGAUGUCUUUGAUUAGUUAUGUUAUGAUACUUUAAAAAUAUAUGAUAUUUUACAUUAACAACGACUUCGGUAAGACCGAAUAUCUGUACGUAUCGCUACUGUCCAGGCACAGUUUCCCUCUUCAUGAGCCCAGACACAGCAGAAAGGUCAGACGUUAAUCCCCAUUUCACUUCAUAAGACGGCAUUUGGACUGCAUAUGUUAAUUACUCAGUCAGUUAUUGCGCUUGACUUACAAUCAUUGGGUGUUGGUAUGCGUCUUUUUAUCCAAAUUACUUGUUUGCAGAGUUUUACACACUGCAGCACAGUAUUUUUGAUGAUUCUUUACCAAACUUACUGUGGUUAUCCCUCUAGUAAAUAGUCAAGAUUGGGUACACAUUACCCCUAUGAUUUAAAAAUGCAUUAUGUAAGAAUUAGAUAGAGAGCUAGCUAUACUAGUUCAAAAAUGGAUAAUGAAUAGUUAAAAUUUUCAGUCAAAUUAAUUUAUUCUGUGCGAAGUUAUCAGUGUCCAAAGUUUUGACAAAAUGAAGCGGAGAUUGGCCCAGAUGUUUUAACGUACUUAAAAUUUAAGCGACCGGAUGGCCCAGGGAGUUGAUUAUGGGCUUGUCAUGUUAUUAAAUGGUUAAAUAUAACAAUUUAUAUAAUCAGAAAAAGAGCUGCAGUAUUCAAGUUUCGCUCUUACUUGGAAGGAGAGAUAUUUUAGUGAAUAAAACUGGUUAAUUCGCGGUGAAAUAUCCAUGUAAGCCUUUAUCUCGAGGUCUGUGAUACUUUUAGGAAGAAAUACAAAUUUUCAAGUUUUACCUUUGGGCUGUCCUGAGUCCAUAUAUUUCGCACUAUGGUAUUGCCUGGAUAACCAUACCAGUGUAGUGUCCCAAUUAAGAGUGGUAUGGGAUUGACACCAUUAUUAAGUCACUCAUACAAUUUAAGAAUAUAAAUCCUGAAAUGGGGUAACCAGGCAAAGCGUAGCUAUCAUUGCCGAACGACCCAGAAUACCCACUUUUAUUAUGGUGCCCUUCGAAAUCUUGGACUUCUCCGUUAAACUUCUUAUAAAGUCUAUCCACAGAUGACAAGGUGUCAUUGCCUUGCAAACCUGUGUUUACUUUUUUUUUAAAUGAGAUAACAGAUGUUGAUAUCGGUCUUAAUUUCAUUUAUAUAAAAGUUGGUAUAUAUUAUUGUAUAUAAGAUGAAGAUGAAAUAUAUGAAUUAACCAUUAGUAACAAAACAUCAUCGAUUUGUAAAUGCCAUUGUUAAGUUUAUUAUAUAAUCCAUAAUUAAAUCAAAUGUUUGGGAAAUUGUUGGUGUCAUUUAUUUUAUUUUAUUGACUAGCCCCGCUUAGUAAUUCGGGGUUAGUUUUGCCACAU